CGGGGAGGGAGCGGGCGGGGGCCGGUGCCCGUGGCGGUGUCGGUGCCGCCAUGGAGGUGUGCGAGGGCGGCGAGCAGCCCCCGCUGCUGCUGCUGCAGUGGGACCGCAAGCUGAGCGAGCUGUGCGAGCCCGCCGACCCCGACGCCCUGCUGGGACACACGCACUUCACAGAGUUCCUGGAUGAGUUCUCUCCAGAUGUCCUAGGCCAGCUCUUGAACGAUCCCUUCUUGUCUGAGAAGAAUGAAGUGAUGGAGGUGGAGCUGUCUCCAGCAUCCCCGGCGCCCCUCAUCCAGGCAGAGCACAGCUAUUCCCUGUGUGGGGACUCCCGGCCCCAGUCUCCCCUCACCCACAUCUCCAACGAUGACAACUUCAACGAAGGUGACCUGGAAAAUGAGGAAUGGUGUCUGGGUACCGAGCUGACUCCAGCAGCAAUAAAGACUGAGCCAGCCUUGUGCGAGACGUCAGGCCUUACUCCCUCCGUCAGUCUCACUGUCACGGCCACGUCGCUGGACGGGGAGCAAGCCGAGCUGCAGGCUGAUGCCCUGAUGAAACCACUGAGCCAGAAAGUGCUUCCAGAGAUUAAAUUGGAGCCCCAUGAAGUGGAUCAGUUUCUGAACCUCUCUUCUAAGGAAGCAGUCGACCCCCUGCAUUUGCCUCCAACCCCUCCCAGCAGUCAUGGCAGUGACUCUGAAGGAGGGCAGAGCCCAGCUAGAUCUCUCCCUCCUUCAAGCCCGAUCCAGCUGCAAGCCACGGCUAAAGUCACGUCGCGCACAGCUUCAGCGCUUUCCAAUUCCCCUCUCCUGACUGCACCACAUAAAUUGCAGGGGACUGGCCCGCUCAUCCUGACAGAGGAGGAGAAGAGGACACUGAUAGCAGAGGGGUACCCAAUCCCUACCAAACUGCCCCUGACAAAGGCAGAGGAGAAAGUGCUGAAGAAAAUCCGCAGAAAAAUAAAGAACAAGAUCUCUGCCCAGGAAAGUAGAAGAAAAAAGAAAGAAUACAUGGACAGUCUGGAAAAAAAAGUUGAGAACUGUUCAAAUGAAAAUAGUGAGCUGCGUAAGAAGGUCGAAGUCUUGGAGAAUACUAACAGAACACUUCUGCAGCAGCUGCAGAGACUCCAAGCCAUGGUUGCUGGAAAGGUGUCCCGUUCAUGUAAGGCAGCUAGCACGCAGACAGGGACCUGUCUUAUGAUGGUGGUGCUGUGCUUUGCAGUAGUUUUUGGCAGCUUCUCUCAGAGCUAUGGGCCAUAUCCUUCUGCUACAAAGAUGGUGUUGCCCAGGCAACAUUCCUCACCAGAGUCCUACACAGACUCCAUUGUGAGAUCAAGGAGUCUGCUAAUAUAUGAAGAGCCUCACCAGCUAGAGGAGUCGUCAAGCCCAAUCUCCUUUGCAGAUCGAAACGACAGGCACGCAGACAGCUCCAAGUACACGGCGCUAGCUCUGGAAGCUGUGCCGGGGAUGCAGCGGGAUGAUAUCAUGGAGUUCACAAUAGCCAACGAGACGAGGCUAGAGAAAUCAGUGCUGCUGGGCCUGCAGCAGCACAGAGUCAACUCUGAAAUAGAAGGAAAUGAAACACUGAAGAUAAUUGAAAUAGAUAGAAGAGUCAAUGCCACCUCUUAAAAAUAAAAAGGCCUUUUUUCUCAACUUCCCUCUUUCCCACAUAUUUUCAACCAAAGUCCCCCUGACUUGUCAUCCUCAGUGAACCAAAGCACAAAAGAGAGGGAGUUCACCAAAUUCUGCAUUGACUGGUGAGGCUGUGACUGCAGAUGGGAUCUCUUGUCUUGUAACUCCUUUCCUUACUUCACACACAAUCCCUCUUUGCUUUUAUUUCUUUCCUGUCUGAUAUUGCAAGGGCAGGAUUGAGUUAUGAUUGCAGAAGAUACCAGCAGUGUGCUGAUGAUUGAUUUGUGUAUGUGUGCCUGUGCUUGCAUGUACACGUCAUCAUCUGUGCACAAAGACAUUUGGUGAAAGAGUGGAAUACGCAAAACCGAUGGGAGCAUGUGGGUGAUGGGAUCCUUGGGAGAAGGUAAUUGAGAGAAACAGGAGAGGUGGCACGAUGCUGCUCGGAAUCUAGCCACAGCUCCAUGCCUAUUGGUCUGUAGCAUUUGAGCCUUUUGGGGAAGAUUGAGAAACAUGUGCUUCAUCUGCUCUGAAGGCACAAGAACGGGCCCCAGUUCUGUUUUGUGAACAGCACAGGCAGGAGAGGGGUGGGCAAUGAUGGUGCUGCAUUGUCCUCCCUUACAUCUUCCACUCUUCUCCCCACCAACCCCUUUGUCAUUUAGUGGAGUAGCUUUUUCUUUGGGUUGGAAGCAGUCCUGGUAGGCAUCUCUACUGCUUCCACCCAUGUGGAAUUCAAGCAAAGAUCAGUCACUGUCUUGUCACACUUCGUCUGUGUGGGAGAAUUAGACUAGUUUAACUAAAUCUAUUUAGAAAGCAGGUUUUGUUAACUUCAUGUAAUGUUUUGGGUGGAUGUCCUUUAGUCUACUUAAGGCUAAUCUGUUUAGUUUGGAUCAAUUCCUUCCCAACAAACUUAAUCAAUAUAAGGCUUAAACCAGAAGUGCCUCCUGAGAGCACCGUAUGGAUUUUAUUUAUUGGCUUCUAGAUGUGUUGAUGGAAUUUCUCAUGUAGACCAGGUCUCAGAUUGUCCUGUGUUUUCUUUUUCUUGCCAUCUUCCUGUUACUGUUGUAAAUAGUAUUUAUUAGCUUUGCAAGAUUUUGUUCAAGCAGUCACAAUGAAGAGAAUUAACCUUCCCUAACCCUGCAUAUGGUCUGGGCAAGCUCUGAAAUUGGACAUACAAAUAUCACUGAACACCCACUCCUCCUCCUCCCCACCUCCAACUUGAAUCACCCUAGAAUAAUGUCAUGGGUCUCCUCUUCUUAUGUCCUUUUCCAGAGUUGUGAUCUCAGACCAACUGCUUAGCCAGAAAGAUGUGUACAGUUCAGGCCUGGAGGUGACUGCAUGGCAAGACAGUCCCUGACCUGAAGAGUUUAGUAUGCAGGCAGCAGACAGGGCAAAAGAGGGCUGAGAAAGGCACACGGGGAGGUGAAGCGACUGGCCCAAGUCUAGUGGAAAAGCCAAGAGCGGUAUUCAGAUUUGAUCCUGGUCCAGUACACUUCUUUCUUCACUGUGUUUCCUUCUUGUCCCAUAUAGCUGUUGCUUUUAAGGGUUGUGUCCGUUUGGUACCCUGCUCAUGCCUUUGUCUGAGCUGUGCUUUUUGCAAUUUAUCCUUGGAUUGGCACAACCAAAUCUAGCCCAGGAUUUGGGCUGGGUUUUAUCUGAUUGCUCAGAAGGGCACUCAGACUCCAUUGAGGAUGGAUUUAAUGGGGAAAUCCUAAUUCAGCGGGCUAGCAUAGCUACUUUAUGGUUUACCAGAAGUCAAUUAAAAAAACAAACAAACAAAAAAAAUGAAAAACAACAAAAACACACACAAAAAAAUGUAGUUUUUUUUUUUUUUCUUGUGAUAAAUAAGGGAAAAACUAACCUAGCCUUACAAGUAAUUUUUUACUAUGUACAGUAGAUAUUUCCUGCAAGUAUUCUAUUUUGUAAAAUAUUGGAUUUGUAUUUUAUUACAGCAGCUGCCAUACCUGCUCCUUCCUUGUUCUUCAUUCUCUUUAGACCUUUUCCCUUUGAUAUCCCAUUUGCUGCCUGCCUUUAGGCCUGACUCAAAGCUCAGUGAAGGGAGUGGAAAGAAUCUGGUGGAUUACAGUGGGCUUUGGAUCAACCCCCACUGUGCCAUUUCAAAAAGGUGUUUCACAUUCGUGAUUGUGAAACGUGUGCCUGAUUCCGUGAGCUAAUGGUGAGUUUUGGUGUGCAGACACUCUUUCUAGUUUAUGCCCAAUUCAUCUAUGCAAGUGCCUUUUUAUUAUUUUACCUUUGGUGGAAAUGAGAGAAGGAUGCCACUGUAGUCUAUUUCGCAAGAGUUCCCCGCUCAUCAUGGCUCAGUGUCCUCCCUAAAGCUUCUUUCUCUUCACAGUGAUCCUGUUGGGUCCUCUGUAUCAUUCCAGCAUCCACCAAUGAUGUUUGGAUGUUUUUUUGGAGCAAUGGCUUCACAUAAAUAAUGGACACUGGUGGGUGCCACUGAAGGUGACACAAGGGAUGGCUGCAUAGUUUAGCCACAUGAGGUCAGCAAAGUGACAGGAGAAAGCCAGGACUGACCCUUCCACUAUAAUAUGGCUGGCCCAUGUAAGUGGGCAAGGUCACAGCUUAGAAAAUCCCUUAAAUGGUCUUUCUAUUACUUUUUUUUUUUCAGAGCACCCAUGGUUUGCCUGAGUGAAACUGAAUGCUUAAGUCUUCUGCAAAAGAAGCACCAAGCUGUCAAGCACAACACUGCUGUUAAUUGUGCUGCAGCUUGCACUGCGCAUAAAGAGGAGGCCAAGCUGCCUGAGCUCAUGCCCACUGCCAGCUAAAUGAUCGCCUUUCAUUGCAAAUACUGCUGACUUCACUGUCUUAAAGACAAAAUUGAAUUAUUUCCCAAUACUUUAAGGACAGACAGUUUUGCAAUACCUAAACAACCCCUUCUUCUCUGAAAGCUACUACAGUAGUCACCAGUGGAACUUUGCCUUCGUGUUUGCUUUGGACCUAUUGGUACAAAUCUGAUUGGGAGAUAGUCAUGUUUUCAUCUGAAGCAUUUUAAAUUGGCCACGAUUUGGGUCACACCACUGAACUGAUUCAUCCAAACCAGUAUGGCAAUACCAAUUUUCUUGUAACUGUUUAAUAAUCUACUUCUAUAAUCUUAACUCAACCCAUCCUUUAAAUGAUUUUUAGGUACUCUUGGGAAUCUCUUGAGCUAGCACACACAUUACUUGUGGAUUUAUUAUCAUGAAAUACUACUUCUUUAGAAUAAGGAAAUCCUUCGCUUGACUUUGGUAUGUCUGUGAUCAUUUUUUCUUCAGGGGUCUUAAUAGAGCAGGUUUCUCUUGGAGGUAGUAGGGGCCAAAGUUUCUCCUGCCAUCACCCAUCCGUAGGCUGCUAUGCGACAAAGACCUGCUGUCGCUGGAGUAACGAUGCUGGUGUAAGUGCUUAUCGUUAGCUCAGCAAUAUUACGUGAGGUCUUUGCCUUCUGCCAGUAUGCCUUCUGCAGUGCCCGGUGGCUCAGUGCUGCACAACAACGUGUCUGUGGACAGGGCAGGCAGAAGCUUCGUGUGCUGCCCAAUUUCCACUUCCACUAGAAGACUUAAGCGAUCCUCAGAGUCUUUAGCCAUAACUCUGUGCAGCUUGGCAGUGUGAUUUCACACAAGUAAUCUUAGCUUUUGGCCCAUAGCUUUAAAGCAUGUCUAGAUCUGUCAGGUCUUUGCUUCUAGGGAGAUAAGCUACAAUGGAAUGUAGGGCAUUAUUUUAUAUAUAUAUAUAUUUAAGAAGUGUCAAGCACAGGGCAAGUGACAGUUCUAACCUUGUUACCAGUGUGUAGAUAAUGUUGGUGUUUUGUUUUUUUUUGUUUGGUUUUUGCUCUUUUCUUUUUUUUUUUUUCAAGGCUAUUUAUAGUUCUUUGCUGCAUUUCUCUUAUUUCAUCCAUACCAUUCAAUGUUUUCCAGCAACACAGACCAGUAAUGGAUUAGGCUGAGGUUCUUCGGCCAGCUCCCAGCUGAUGCAGCGCAGCAUGCUUCUCACUUACCAAUUUCAGAGGCUGCAGGUCCAUACUGGCAGGGGACCUCUUCAAUAUUGCUCUGUAUAGGUGUAUCUCAAUACAAGCUUAUUCUUGAUUUCUUUAAUGUAGAAUCCCAAAAUUUUGAUUUUUUUUUUUUCCCUAGCUAAAAAUCCCUACCUCUCCACCCCAUCCCCCCAAACUAUCAGUGGUGAAUUCUGUCUAGACGCAUUUAGAAUGUGGGUCAAGUAAAUGAAUGAUACUAAUUGCUAUGUUGGGAGGGAUUUCCACUGAGUAUUUGGGCUCUAGAUUCUAGCUAAUGCCAAGAGGCCGUUGUACAAAGCCUAUGCAGCUAAGAACAGAAGCAUACGGAGUAUUUUUGUACUCUUAGUGACUAAAAUAUUUCUUUCUCAAGUCGCUAAUUAGAUAGGGAACAUUUUGUAUUCUGAAGGUGAAAUGGUAGGUCAGUCCUUUGUAGCUACAAAAGUUGUAGUAGCCUAUAUAAGUAGCCUGGUGCUGUGAGGUGGCUGCUUUGUGCUGCGGUGUUAAGGAUAAACAACUAGGGACUGCAAAGGUGUGAGAACUGACUUAGAUGUUAAGGUCUUUAUAAAUGAGAGGUAAGGAUUCAGUCAAUGGGCCAGGAUGCUUAGGGGAUCACCAUCCAACUCCGGGGCUGAGAGAGGGAUUGCCAUUUGUUUUUGCAAUUAUAGUGUCGAGCCUUUUCUGCUUUACCAGCGUAUACACCUGAACUGACUUCCUUCCUAGAAGAGUAUGUCUCAGAAAACUCAUUUGUAAUGCUGAAAUGGAGUUUGUAUAUUAUUUUAAGCUAUUACCAGCAGUCCCUGCUCUGCCCUAAAGCCCAUCUCUGUACUUUUCCCCAAGAGAUGAAACCGUAUAGGUGAGAAUGAAACACGGGAAAGCUGGAUUUGUAAACUUGUCUUGCAGAAAAGAUGAAAGAAAUGGCAGAUGAAAGGACUCCUGACAUCCCAGGGAAACUUCCUAGUUCUUAAUUCCUUAAAGCAGCAAUGACAGUCUUUUACAUUAGCUCCCCCCUUGUUUAAUCUCUACUUUUCCCCUUGCUCUUCAACACUGUGCAGUCCUUUUUAGGUAAAAUGAAUGCUUAUCUGACCUCUGUAUUGAAUCCCAUUUUCCCUUCCAACCGGCAGGUAAAAAUCUUUCUGCACUUCAGAAUCCCGUAAUUAAGGGAGUGGAGGAGGUAGAGGGGGAAGCAGAGGCAGUGGCCAAUUUUUUUUUUAAUAGAACUGUGCUUAUGCCUGACUUUGCCCCAUCAGAUUUGAGUUCACUGGUGUUGAAGUAAUGGCAUCUCGCUGUCUUUGUUUGCACUGUCAGCAGGAAUGAGUGUGAGUGCUUGUGUCUGUGCAUGUGUGCAUGGUAAGCAGUUAAAAACAAAAACAACAAAAAAAAGAGAAAAACCACGCAAAUGCAGAGUUGUUUCCUAAUGCAGUAAGUGUCCCUACAUGAAGGUGUUCACCUGAACGCCGCGGGCACAUUCCGCUUGGUGCAACAGAAACCCCGGGUGUUUCUUUCCAAGACCGAGACCGGCUCACAUUCCUCACCAACAAGCACUCAUAAAUCCGUCUGUGCAUUGCUGUCUGAUGUCUGUCUUGUUAGCAAAUGUCAGCUGAAACUUGUGCUGCCCUUUUGUGUGUGUGCACAGACUGGCCUGUCUGUAGGACAGCUCUGGCGUGGUGCAAAAAAAAAAAAAAAAUUGUAUCUAGUCUUCGGGUGUCAUUUUUGUUGUGCAGAACUCUGCUUUCGAAUGCUUUCUUCUCAAAGCUGUAAGUUAGCCAAGAAAUGGCCCAGGGGGACCAGAGGUUCGGGGAAGAGGGAGAGUUGGUCUCUGGGGCUGGUGUGUCCGUGGUGUGAGUACAUCAACCUCCGCUGAGAUUUUGCUGUGCCUUCCACAGGGCAAGUUACCUGAUGUUACCCUCUUGAAGGUAAAAAACCAUUGCCUGGGGCCAUGAAAAACAAUACCGUGUGACUCUGAGUCAUUCUGCGUGUAACACCCCUAAAAAGUUUCAGCUGAUCUUUCCCUUUCCCUCUGUACACGUGAACACAGUAUGGGUUUGUACAAACAACUUAAAUCUAUUUUGAAUAAAAAAGACAGUGAUAGGAAUACAAAAGCACCCCUGCAACCCAAAAUCCUUGGUAAACUGCAUUGGAGCCUCUUCUGACUGCAGAUAUCCCCGUUCUUUUCCAACAGCCUGUUUAACUCUGUGUAUGUGUGCUCAGUGGCCUCUCUAUUUUUGUACAAGCGCUGUCAUCUGGAUGUGUGCCCACUUGAUUUUUCACACUGCAAACAUGUCCAUUGGGUGUAAAGAAAUUGCUGUUUGUUUUUUUUUUUUUCCUUUUAAAUUGUCGGCUUAGUUCUACAAGAGAACAGACUACCUGCUUUUGUAGCCUGAACAUGUAUGUAGUUAAGUAUGUUAUGCUCUUCAUUUCUUGCAAAUAAAUAUUUUCUGUAGAAAAA